AUUCCCAAAUAUAUACGGCGAUGAUAUAAACAGAGCCAAAUGCUAUUUUCAGUGAAUCCCUAAAAACAGAAGAGAGAGAGAGAGCAGCAGAAGAGAAACUAGAGAGAGAAAAACUUCUUCUUCUUCUUCUUCUUCUUUCAACAAACAUCUCCAAACAUUCAGACAAACGAGAGAGAAGAAUCCAACAGGUGAGAAAUUCGAAAUCUUUGCGAGCCCCAAACUCGCCCUGAUUCUCGAUUUCUCCACCCUUUCUCUCAGACCUUCAAAAAACCCAAAAAUCCCUAGAAAGGCUCAAGCUUUCACCUUCAAUGGCGAAUAAGAUAGUCAGAGAAACAUCUUUACCUAAAGAGAGAAGCAGCCCACAAGCUCUAAUCCUCGGAAGGUACGAAAUGGGUAAGCUUCUCGGCCAUGGAACCUUCGCAAAGGUUUAUCUCGCUCGCAACGUGAAGACAAACGAGAGCGUAGCGAUUAAAGUAAUCGAUAAGGAGAAAGUGCUCAAAGGUGGUUUAAUCGCUCACAUCAAACGCGAGAUCUCAAUUCUGCGGCGUGUUCGUCACCCAAACAUCGUUCAGCUAUUCGAAGUCAUGGCGACGAAAGCUAAGAUCUAUUUCGUGAUGGAGUAUGUUCGUGGAGGUGAGCUUUUCAAUAAAGUAGCUAAAGGUCGUCUUAAAGAAGAAGUAGCUCGCAAAUAUUUCCAGCAAUUGAUCUCAGCUGUUACCUUCUGUCACGCGAGAGGUGUUUAUCAUAGAGAUCUGAAGCCUGAGAAUCUUCUGUUGGAUGAGAAUGGUAAUCUUAAAGUCUCUGACUUUGGACUCAGUGCUGUCUCUGAUCAGAUGCGUCAAGAUGGGCUUUUUCAUACGUUUUGUGGUACCCCUGCUUAUGUUGCUCCUGAGGUUUUAGCCAGGAAAGGUUAUGAUGCUGCUAAAGUUGAUAUUUGGUCUUGUGGUGUUAUCUUGUUUGUGUUAAUGGCUGGUUAUUUGCCUUUUCAUGAUCGGAAUGUUAUGGCUAUGUAUAAGAAGAUUUACAGAGGGGAGUUUAGGUGUCCUAGAUGGUUUUCUCCGGAGCUUACGAGGUUGUUGUCUCGGCUUUUGGAGACAAAUCCGGAGAAACGGUUUACUUUCCCUGAGAUUAUGGAGAAUUCUUGGUUUAAGAAAGGGUUUAAGCAUAUUAAGUUUUAUGUGGAAGAUGAUAAGCUUUGUAAUGUUGUUGAUGAUGAUGAAUUGGAGUCUGAAUCCGUUGAAUCGGAUAGAGAUUCAGCUGUUUCUGAAUCAGAUGUGGAGUAUUUGGAGCCUAGAAGGAGAGUUGGAGGGUUGCCUAGACCAGCGAGUUUGAAUGCUUUCGAUAUUAUAUCGUUUUCGCAAGGGUUUGAUUUAUCGGGUUUGUUUGAUGAUGAUGGUGAGGGUUCUAGGUUUGUUUCUGGAGCUCCGGUAUCGAAGAUCAUAUCGAAGUUGGAAGAGAUUGCUAAAGUUGUGAGCUUUACAGUGAGGAAGAAGGAUUGUAGGGUAAGUCUCGAAGGUUCAAGACAAGGAGUGAAAGGUCCAUUGACGAUUGCAGCUGAGAUAUUCGAGUUGACACCUUCAUUGGUUGUUGUGGAAGUUAAGAAGAAGGGAGGCGAUAAAACCGAGUAUGAAGACUUUUGCAACAACGAACUGAAACCCAAGUUGCAAGGUUUGACAGCGGAUGAAGUAGUAGAGCCUGUGGCUGUUUCAGCGGUUGAUGAAACCGAAACCGCAAUCGCAGCAAUCACGAAUUCGCCGCCUGUUUGCUACUUGCCUUCUGACACUGAAUAGAAGAUGAAAAGGCCACAAAAACCAGAGAUCAUGAGGGGUAUGUUGUACAACGUUUUGGUUCCCCUUUCCUGUUGUUGUCUAAUGGGAGUUUUUGGGUUUUGUUAUCUGAGUUGGAAAAAGAAACUGCUUAGGGUUGGUGAAAGUUAGAAUCAUAUUAUGUAACACCGUUAGAGAAAUUGAGAUAUGUCUUUGUUACUAACCUUUUAGCAGUUUUUUUUUUGUAUGUAAGGGAGAAUUGUAAACAGUUUCGCAUAAUCAGAUCUUUGAUAUGUAUAAAAGACAACGAAAUGAAUAAGAGAAGUUGCUUUUUUCAUCCUUA